AUGGCACGGUUCUUACACGAGGAUCAGAUUGAAGGAUUCCUAAAUGGCUCCAGGGAUGAGAGUAGUGAUGAUGAAGAGCAGCAGGACAUGCCUUUUCCAGGCCAAGGAACUAGUAUUCUUUUCCCAUAUGAGUCUCAGUCUUCAAGUAGCAGCGAUGAAGACGUGCCACUGUCAAAUUUGCGAUGGAAGAAGAAGAAAUUUGAUGGUAAAUCGAUACCAGGGGUCUCGGGCCCUAAACUACACGCAGUAUUAACUCCAGCGCAAUACUUAGAAGGCUACUUCGCGCUGGAAUUAAUGGAACAGUUUGCGCUAGCCACUAAUCAAUAUUAUAUGACUGAAACUGGACAUUAG